AGGGUUCAAGCUAUGAUACAGACGUCGCCUCUUGCAUGAAAUGCUAGCAUAAAAUAAAUGCAGAUACGACGACGGUCGAUGCAACCAACGAUUUAUUAUUAUUAGUGAAGAGAACAAGGAAAGAGAAAUCGUGUAACGCAUUUUUUUUUAAAUUUUUAUUUUUGAAUUUUAAAAUUAUUUUUAACAUUCAUAAUUUUUUAAUAUUUCAUUGCUUUAAAACUUUACACAGAACUGGUAUGUACUUUUCUGUAAAAUAUUCCUAUCACACAGAAAAAAGCGCUUCGAAAAUUGAAUUAAUGAACCCUUUGAAAUUUUUGUUUCCUCAUUUGAUACCGAUUUUACCUGAUAAGCACCUUGCCUAUUGGGCUUCAAAUUUUUCUUUCAAAGAAAGGUGUGAUCAGAAAGAAAAGUGCCAAGUGAAGUGAUAGACUGUUAAAAGUACAAAAUUUGAGAAAUGGAAAGUGAACCAGGAAGUCCAUAUUCACGUCGAUAUCCAAAUCUUGAUAAAUUCACAUUUGAGCUGCGCCAGAGAGAUGAGGAAAGCCCCGAACUUGACCGUGAACAGCGAUUUACUCUGCGUAGAUCUUUUCAAUCCGCACCCAAUAGUCCAUAUUCCAAACGACGUGCCUCCCAGAGAAGUCUUCACGUUGAAUUACAGGAAGUGAAAAUGAGUGCAAAGGAAGAGGGUCAAAUGGAAAAUGGGAUCAAUUCGAUAUUGCCGGAAAAUGAGAGUUUUAGCUGUGAAGAUGAAUUGGACACAGUUCAAGUUGAAGGAGAAUCUCAUCAUUUGCCCGUUGAACUUGUCCGAAGGCCAAGUAUGCAGAGUGUACGUCAGAGACGGGAUCCUCUCUACCAAGGCACAAGGACAAAGCGCACUAGGAGGGUGAUCUUCAGGAAUGGCAAGAGGAAUGUAACGUUUCACAAUAUUCCGCAAAGAUCAGCUAGGUUCUUCAAGGAUUUCGUCACAACUCUGAUUGAGGAGCAGUGGCGCUAUACUUUAGCUCUUUUCGCAUUCACCUUCUUCUUCUGCUGGAUCCUAUUUGCCCUGCUUUGGUAUUUAGUGGCGUAUGCCCAUGGAGAUCUGAAUUUGGAUCCUGAGACAGGAGAUCGUCUCGGAGAUGGGGAUCGUCCAUGUAUCGAGGCAGCCACGUGCAUGGCAUCUUUCUUGCUCUUCAGCAUAGAGACCCAAGUUGGAAUCGGUUUUGGGACGCGGUUUCCUACGGAAGAGUGUCCAGAGGCACUAUUCCUCAUGGUCGUGCAACUAAUCCUCAGUGUAGCCAUUGAGGGAGCAAUGGUUGGCAUAGUUUAUGCGAAAAUGGUAAGACCUACAAAGGCAAGCUGUAGCGAGCUCAAAUUCAGUCGAAAAGCAGUGGUUUGCUGUUACGAAGGGAAACUCUGUCUUAUGUUUCGCGUAUGUGAUACUCAAGAAAAUCAUGUUAUUGGCACCACAAUUAAAGCCUUUUGGCUGGAGGCACGGAAAUCGCGCGAGGGUGAAAGUAUAAAUCAAUUCCUGCACACGCUCGCCCUCGAAGACUGUGGACACCUCUUCCUUAUCUGGCCAACGACUGUUGUUCAUGUAAUUGACGAUACGAGUCCGCUGUAUGAUGUUUCAGCUCGGGAUUUGCUCAAUAAAAGAUUUGAGAUUGUCGUAACAAUGACCGGUGGAUGUAGAUCAACAGGGCAACUCACCCAAACACGAACUUCCUACCUGUCCAGAGAUAUUCUAUGGGGACACAAGUUUGUUCAUCUUCUGACUUAUAGUCACGAGAAGGAAGCCUAUGUGGCGGAUUAUGAAAAAUUCGAUAUGAUCACCCAAAUUGAUACACCACUCUGCAGUGCAAGACGUUUGGAGGAGAUCUUCACCGAAGUUGCUAAUGCCAUGCACCAUGAGCACGACAUGUUCGGAAGUCACAGUCACAUCCGGCGAAUAAGUGAAGGAUCGUGGGAAGGUUCAGAAGAAUCUGCACCAAUCAUGUUUGAUGCCACAAGACCAGCACGACACAAUUCGCAUCCCGAUUUGAAGAGUAUCUGAAUUAAUUGUGAAAUGAACUAAUUACCUUCAUUUAACACAAUUCUUCUUUGGUAAUUCACAACCGGCUUUAAUUGCAUGAGUUAUUCACCAGACAAAAAGCGCUCUAUUCAUCGUUUCCCAACACUUUUGUGCAAUUCAAUUAAAUAAUUACUUUUA